GUCAAAAUUAACAUUUAAUGAACAAUCAGUAAAAGGUCUACUUCAUGAUUAUAAUGAUUAUGCAAAUAAAUUAGUUGAUUAUGAUGUUUAUCAAUCAUUUUUAACGAUUCUUGAUAAUGCAAAAAAGAAUUUAGGAGCUAAACCUGAUUUAAAAGUUCUAAUUGGUGAAUUAUCGACUCGUAUCAAUAAAGAAAGAUCACCAAAUGGAAUUUUAAUUGCUGUACAACAAGCACAACAAAAAACAAAACAACAACCAAAAGCUGCUCGUGCUGGUGGAGCGAAGAAAGGUAAACAAACAACAAGUCGUAGUAAAGCAAAAGCAAAACAAUCUGAUGAUAAUGACGAUGAUGAUUUAAAAGAAAAUGAUGGCGACGAUGAUGAUGAUGAAAAUGUAUUUAAACGACCAAUGAGAAAAGAACCAAAAGUGCAAACAAUAAGUCGAUCAAAACGUGGUGCGGACGCGUAA